AUGCUUCGCGAUGAACACGAAGAAUUGAGGAAAUUCAUCGAUCAAGGACUACGGGGUGAGGGUACCAGUGCAGAGAAGCAACAUAACACGCCGAUAGAUGAGUCAGAUGUGCUGAUGAGAGCUGCAAGCAAGCUCAAAGGCUACCGUAGCGAAGCUAGCAAUGAACUUCUCUCGGAGCACAUGCUGGCUGGUAUUCCAGAAGUCGACCUCGGAAUCAACGCUCGCAUUUCAAACAUUCUGGAAACUGAAAAGAAAAAGAGUGAACUGUUGGAGCAGGCAUUGGAGAGAGCCAAAAAUGCAGCGGCGAUUCCUCGAAAACUAAUGGAAGAUGAACCAGUGGUGAAGCGAUUCGCUCUUUGA